AUAAAAGUAAUCAACUUAUUCACUUCCUCAUUACUCGUAACACUACUAAUAUUAACCUUACCAAUUAUAACAACUAACACCUCCAUAUACACCAACAAAACAUACCCUCAAUACGUAAAAACUACUAUCUCAUACGCCUUCAUAAUUAGCCUGAUUCCCACAAUAAUAUUCCUUCAUUUCGGACAAGACACAGUAAUUUCAAACUGACACUGAAUUACAAUCCAAACAAUAAAAUUAUCACUUAGCUUUAAACUCGACUACUUCUCAAUAAUUUUCAUACCAGUAGCACUAUUCGUCACAUGAUCAAUUAUAGAAUUCUCAAUAUGAUAUAUACACUCAGACCCCAACAUCAAUCGAUUUUUCAAAUACCUACUACUAUUUCUCAUCACCAUAAUAAUUCUGGUUACCGCCAACAAUAUAUUCCAACUAUUUAUCGGCUGAGAAGGAGUAGGUAUCAUAUCAUUCCUACUCAUCGGGUGAUGGUACGGACGAACAGACGCCAAUACAGCUGCAUUACAAGCCAUCCUAUACAACCGCAUUGGAGACGUAGGACUUAUCCUAACUAUAGCCUGAUUCCUUACAAACCUAAACACAUGAGACCUUCAACAAAUCUUCAUAACCAACCACGAAAACCUAACCAUUCCCCUCAUAGGCUUACUACUAGCAGCCACCGGAAAAUCCGCACAAUUCGGUCUUCAUCCAUGACUGCCCUCAGCCAUAGAAGGCCCAACACCUGUAUCAGCCCUAUUACACUCAAGUACAAUAGUUGUAGCAGGGGUAUUCCUACUAAUCCGAUUCCACCCCCUAAUAGAACACAAUAAAACAAUUCAAACCAUUACACUGUGCUUAGGAGCAAUUACAACCCUAUUUACAGCAAUCUGUGCUCUUACACAAAAUGACAUCAAAAAAAUCGUUGCUUUCUCCACCUCAAGCCAACUCGGAUUAAUGAUAGUAACUAUCGGAAUUAACCAACCCUACCUAGCAUUUCUCCAUAUCUGCACCCACGCAUUUUUCAAAGCCAUGCUAUUCAUAUGCUCUGGAUCAAUCAUUCAUAGCCUAAACGAUGAACAAGACAUCCGAAAAAUAGGAGGACUAUUCAAAGUACUACCAUUCACCACAACCUCCCUAAUUGUCGGAAGCCUAGCACUCACAGGAAUACCCUUCCUAACAGGAUUUUAUUCCAAAGACCUGAUCAUCGAGACCGCCAACACGUCGUAUACCAACGCCUGAGCCCUUCUAUUAACCCUCGUUGCCACUUCCAUAACAGCAGCCUACAGCACCCGAAUCAUGUUCUUCGCACUAUUAGGACAGCCCCGCUUCAACCCUAUUAUUACAAUCAACGAGAAUAAUCCACUCCUAAUCAACUCUAUUAAACGCCUAUUAUUUGGGAGCAUCUUUGCAGGAUUCUUAAUCUCCCACAACCUUGCACCCACCACUACCCCACAGAUAACUAUGCCUCAUUAUCUUAAAAUAAUAGCCCUUGCCGUAACCAUUCUAGGUUUCAUCCUGGCACUAGAACUAAACCUCAUAAUACAGGGCCUAAAAUUCAAAUAUCCAUCCAGCCUAUUCAAAUUCUCAAACAUACUGGGUUAUUUCCCCACCAUCAUCCACCGCUUAAUUCCUAAAACAAACCUGCUAAUAAGCCAAAAAUCCGCAUCAACAUUACUAGAUAUAAUUUGACUAGAAAAAAUUUUACCAAAAUCCAUCUCCCAUUUCCAAAUAAAAUCAUCAAUCACCAUUUCAAGCCAAAAAGGCUUAAUCAAACUAUACUUCAUAUCGUUCAUGCUAACCUUAACCCUCAGCCUACUAGCACUUAAUUUCCACGGGUAA